AUGCUCGUAAACGAAGAUGGCACUCUCAACUAUUUCGCAAGUCCCACCGUCAAAGUUAUUGUUGAUGAAGGCGAAUCCUCCAAGUCAUUCUUUGUCCACAAAGACCUCAUCACACGUCGAUCUGGCUUCUUCCGGAAAGCGCUGAAUUCGUAUGGCAAAGAUGGCAGCCUCCAAUGGCUUGAAGGAGAAGAAGGAAGCGUCAAACUACCAGAAGAUGAACCUGCAGUAUUUGGAAGCUAUGCUCAACUGCUCUACCAGGGACGGCUCCCAAUCUAUGAAAAAGUACCCACUAUCACAGCGGACGACAAGAAAGCUUUCGCGGGGGCCCUUUCUAAAGUCUCGAAUGAAGAAUACUUACUUCUUGCCAAACUCUACGUCUUCUGUGAAAAGAUCCAGGAUGUCGAGGCUAAGGGUACCCUGAUCUCUGCCUUCGUUGAGGCCACCAGUAGGGUGCGCGAAAAUGGCUGGCGAACUUUUCCGACACUCCAACCUAUAAAGUACAUAUACGACGGAACCACAGAGCUAGAUCCGAUUCGAGGACUCCUCGUUGAUCUCUAUGUAAUCAACGCGGAACUGUCUUGGGUUAUUGGUAGUCGCCCAGAACAUUGUCCUCCUGAUUUCCUUCACAGGGUCAUGUUAGGCAUGCUAGCGGAUCGUAAGAAGCCUGGUAGGCGUAAGAUGGUCACGGAUGCUUCUACCUAUCUAAAGAAGUUACGCAUGACCAACGAUGACGGCAAUAUAUAA